UGUCCUUUUGAACUUUCCCUGCCUUUGGAGUCAUCAAAGAAUAGGAAAAAGUAAUUUUUUUUCACUCUCAACAAUUUUUUUUCACUCUCUGCCAUGGAUUUGCUUAAAGCCAUCAACACUCCUUUAGCCACUAGCUCCAAAUCAUCUAAAAGGACUUUAGAAAAAUCAUCUCAUUCUUCAUUCAGUGCUCCCAGUUAUUCAGAGAGUAAGAAGGAACAUCACAAGAAGAAGCUGAGUGGAAGCAGCGAUCCACCCUUGGAUGAUGGAACUUUCCACAAGUCCAAAAAAAUAAAACCACCAUAUGUAAACACUGAAAUGCUAACCUUACGUGAACCUGAUGGCUUAAAAAUGAAGUUAAUCCUCUCGCCAAAAGAGAAAGGGGGUAGCAUAACAGAAGAUCCCUUUUCACAUUCUGGAGCUAUAAAAAAGACCUCUAAGAAGUCUAUUCGGGAUGAACAAAGCUCGCAGCCCCCAAGCCUUGAUACACACAGCUUCAUGAAAUCACCCCGCAAGAAGCACAAGCCACCUCCAGAUCCCCAUCCCCUUUCUCCUGCUGAGGGCUUCAGCCCAGAGACAUCCCUCUUCCCUGAAGGCCAAAGCAGUGACUUUGAGCUUUCCAGCUUGGAACCACAAAUGGAAUCUGGAUCUUCAUCUGGAGGUGAGUUGGAAGCUGGAGAACUAGUCAUUGACGAUUCAUAUCGGGAGAUAAAAAAGAAAAAGAAAUCAAAGAAGAGUAAAAAGAAGAAAGACAAGGAGAAACACAAGGAGAAAAAACACUCUAAAUUGAAGAAGAGUUCUGGACUCUCUUCAUCACCAGCAGCAGUAGAAAUAACACCACAACUGCCUAUUUCUCCAGCUAGCAUCCAGUUUGCUCUACCUGCCCCUCCUCCCCCCUCACCAUUACCACCUGUUUUCUGUACAGAUGGCCUGAAUGAGAAAAAGAAGAAGAAAGAAGAAAAAGAGAAGAUUGAGAAAAUUGAAAAAGAAAAGCCAAAGAAGAAAAAUAUGUCUGCCUACCAAGUAUUCUGUAAGGAAUAUCGUGUGAAUAUUGUGGCUGAGCAUCCAGGAAUAGAUUUUGGUGAGCUGAGCAAAAAGCUAGCAGAGGUUUGGAAACAGCUUCCAGAGAAAGAUAAGAUGGUUUGGAAGCAGAAGGCUCAGUAUUUGCAACAUAAGCAGAAUAAAGCAGAGGCAACAACAGUGAAGAGGAAAGCAAUGUCAUCAGAGGGUUCCCCCAAAUUGAAAGCUUCUCUAACAAGCGUGCCUUCACCCCAUAAAAAGUCCCCAACUAGCAUGAUGGUAUUAUCCUCUUCACCAGUGAAAGUUCCUGAGAUAGAUCCCAUUGAUGUAGCUGCACAUCUGCAAUUACUGGGAGAGUCUCUAAGUCUUAUUGGCCACAGGCUGCAGGAGACUGAAGGAAUGGUAGCUGUAUCAGGAAGUUUAUCAGUACUCCUGGAUUCAAUUAUUUGUGCUCUGGGCCCAUUGACUUGCCUCACAUCCCAGUUACCUGAGCUAAAUGGCUGCCCCAAACAUGUUUUGUCAAACACAUUAGAUAAUAUUGCCUACAUAAUGCCCGGUCUUUGACAAAAAAAAGGGAGUGUGGAAAGUAAUCUACUGCCAUGCUACUGGUUUUUCAGUAUCAGAAAAUUUUCUCUCCCUCUGCCAUCAGUAUGACACUAUCCUUGUAUGAUAAUCACCCGUAUAUGUCCUUCUGUAGAACUCUAUACCAUUUUUUAAUUUUGCUCCAAGGUUAUUACAGUUUGAAAUUCAGUCAGUGUGUCUUCCAGGAACAGUUAUUUAACUCUUUAGUUGUAACUGAGUUUGUCAUAAUU